AUGUCGGUCAAUGAAGUGAAAGUUAGAGAUUCAUCAGGAAAAGGUACGCGUCGAUUAACGAUCUGAGCUCACAAAAUUCCGUUCUAGAAUUGGCGUGUUUGAAAGAGAACGGGGCAGUCGUUAACUUUGGACGUGAUAAGCGAACAUGUCAUGUCGCUUUCGAUCCUCAGGCAGCAAGAGUGUCGAGGGUGCAUUCGACGAUAGAAUGGACGGACGAGGUAAAACUGGGACUACGGAAUGAUCGUAAAACUGCGUGCAUUCAGGGAAUUGUCUAUACUGAUAAGAGCAAAGAAGGCACAGUUAUUGAUGGAACAAAAUUGCGGCAGUCCUCGAAAGAUUUGGAUAUCGGCGUGUACCAAGUUCAAAUUGGCGGUAUUCCGAUCACGAUCGAAGUAGACGGAGAUGUCAGUUGAAAUUGGGAAACAUGCAUUUCUAUUUAUGAGAAUUUAUAGGAGCUCGAGGAAACAGUAGUAGAAACGCUACCAUCGGAGAUGGAAGAACAUUCCAGAGAAACUGUCGUCGAAAAAGAAAGUGUCCCGACCGAAACGGCUGACGAUGACGAUGAGUUAGUCAUAAUUUACUGUUAAUUUUCUAUUUUCAAGUAAUUUAGAUUUAACGACGUUGCAUCUGUAUCCACACUUGGCUUUUCAAGGGAUAAACCUGAUCGUAAUUUAUUUCCGAAAAAUGCCAAAAACUAUUAGUUUUACUUCAGGAAAGAGGACAUCAAGUGGAAGUGUGUACGAUGGGCCGUCUGAGCCACGUGUCAAAAGACGUCCAAUGGCACGAAAACCGGCGGAUUUCGACGACGAACUGGAAAAUCGAGGAAAGAAAGGACCGAGGGUACGGAAAGCAACGGAACGUUCCCUUUUCGAAGAGGAAACUCCCGCGAAGAAGAGCAAAUCGACAUGGGAACCUGCCUCGUCCGCUUCACAAAGACCCAUCAGAAAGUACGUGAUUACGAUGAUAUAGCAGAUGACCCAACACGAUUAGAUCAGCUAUUUCAGACCGAUAAACACCCCGGCCGAGCCGGAUGCAGAAGUAAAUUCAAUCGCGAAACAAGUGGCGGCCAUUCCGUCGGUCAGUUCCACGCCGGCAAAGGAAAAGCCGCUGCACAGUCAGCUGAUGAAAAUGGACCGAGGACCGGCAGCUCCGAAUGAAACCAUCAAAUACGCCAAUCUGAUCUUCGUUCCGUCAGAUUCAAAAAGGAACGACACGACGGUUCACGAUCCGAGUGUGCCCAAUUUCAAGAGAUUCAAACCGAAAACUAGACGAGACGGACGAUUUUCGGCCGCGUCGAUGUUAAGUAACACAACCUGCAGUACCACGAUUAACCUUGUUGAUGCCAGAAAAAUUCAUUAAAUGCCAUUUCGAAAAUUGAAAAUCAGGUGCUCUCAUCUCUGUACUAUACAAUAAUCGAUUUGCGAUAUACGGUUUGUGAAUAACUAUUUCAUCCUUCUUUUUGACUUUCGUACACUUGUCGUCGCCGAAACGCAGGCAAUUACUGUCGAUGCACAAGGGAGCUCCGGCCGCCGGACACUAGCGAUCUAUCAAAAAGUGGUGGGAGCAGUCUCUGAAAGCAGAAGAAGAAGAGUGUUUUGCCCUCUUUUUGUGCCUGGCUCUUGCUCUCAUUUCGUUUCAAUCAAACCCUCCUCAUCUGCCAAAUAAAUGAGUGGAAUGUGCGACGCGAAACGCCUUUUCCGAGAUGCGCGCUCGCUUUUUUCGAGUCGCUUUUUGCAUUGUUUUGGCACGUGGCACAUUGAAAUGUUUAUGAAUUUCGGAUUUCGCUUACAAAUGGACUCUUUGGAUUCGCGUAGAUUUUCCGAGUUUUUUGGUUGCUAUGUGGAUCCCAACUUCACUGGGCUAUUUUUUCAGUUCAGUAAUGUGGCUGCGGCCGCGGUUUCACGUGAAGUUCAGUCGGGGAAAACCGUUUAUUUUGCGCAUCUGCUACUUUCAUAACCCUCCAGGCCAAGGCUAAUUCUCAUACCGGGGCCGAAGUUUUCCGAAGUUGCCCUCGAGUGUUCGAUCAGAUAUCCGUCUGACUCAUUCUCCUUAUCUCCUUCUCCCUUCUUCAUCUUUUUCUUCUAUUCCAGACACAAACCAACUUCCUUUGUGUCCCAAUUUGUAACCGGAUGCGUUUCGAAUGAAUAAUUGACGUUUUCCAACCUUCUCAGGUGUUAUUUCCUAUUAUUUCCGUUUCAUACUUGUUUUAUGGUCCCACCCACUACUCUCGUCUCUUUUUGCUUUUCCCCCUAAUCACAUAAAUUAAGGAGUGCCCCCCAAUUGGUUUGUAUUCCCAGAGUGUUUCUCUCUCUCUCUCUUUCAGCACUUCUUCUCCCUCUUCUUGUUUUCUGGCUCUUUUGUCUCCUCGUUUCGACUGCCCUCUGUGACUAGCAAAACUAACUCGAUUUGGCCGUUCCGCCCGCCCCCAGCCCAUGCUCCCGUCUCCCGUCGGCUCGUUUCCCAAAUCUUCUUUCCCUUUUUGUUUUGCCUCAUCAAUUUUGUCCAUCCGGGAGCCGCCCCGAAAACGAGCGAACAAUUCGGUUGGAAUCAGAGAGCAUUCCCUUCCUCUCUCGCUUUCCGUUCCUCCGAAGACCUGCAUCUGGCAAUGAUUAACUGACUCUCUGGGUGGCGGAGAAGAAGUUCAUUUGUAAACUAAAUAUUCGCUGCGAAUGUUUAGCAAACUGACUGAUUCGACGCAAAACGAUCACAUCAAUGUCAAUGUUAUGAGGAGGCGGAGAAGACACGUCGUUCCCGUGUGGGCGGAGGGCUGCUGAGGAUCUGGAAUACAAUCGGUUGUAUAGUAUUCCAUUGAUUAAGAGUAAGCUGAAUGACUUUCAUAUUGUUCUUCUAUUUGUACAGUUAAAUUCUAUCUUAUUCCUUUUUCGAAUCAUCUGGUAAACUCGAAUCUACUGAUGAUGCUAACGACUUCUUUUUCCGUGAGCUUCGUAUUUGAGAUGUGUUGUGAAAAAGUGUUCUUUCUGGACCCACUUUCCGCACAGUUGGGGUGUUUUCAGUUUCGACGUUUCGCUUUCCGGGGAAUUUUCCGGUCAAUUAUCUCAAACUUGGUGUCCGUUUCUGCUCAUUUUCCUACAAAAAAGUUACUUUGACCUCUCUCUCUUCGUCCGCAUCACUGCCCUCCCAUCUGCCCGCCAAACUCAGCUGUUGCCCUCCAACCUACACAGUUCGUUCGCCAUUUCCAGUCCCAAUCCAUUCUCGUAGUUUGUCGGCAUAAUCCACAAUGUGACGAUGAUCGUGGCGCCCAUCCUCCCUCCCUCUCUCUCCUUUUCGCUCUCCGUGUUUGUUUAAUCCCCUUCUCCGUUUUGUAUAAUGGAAUUAGCACAUUCCGGACAACCGCCAGCACUCCUUUUCUCGCUUCCCUUUUUCAUAUUCGCCGCCUUUUUAUCACUUGUUGCCCUCUUAUUCCAGAUUCUUUGAAAACGAACGAAUGUGGCUGCUCUCACAAUGAAAUGACGACGUCGAACGAGGAAUUGAUCCCAGUGAGUCCGCCGUCAGAUUAUGCAAAUGGACUACCGCUUUUAUGAGUACCAAACAGAGACCGUUUGUGGAUUUGAAGGGGCGGGAUGAGGGAUCCCAAGGGGCUCCCCCGAGAGCACCCACUUUUUUGAGGCGAAACUCGUCGGAUGGCGAGCUAAAAGAGAAAAGAAAGCAACACGGUUGAUGGAUGAUGGUUUUUUGACGGGAUACUUGCGUGAAAAUGGACAGCCAUCAGUGGAAACUUGUCAGGGACGUUUAGCGGGGAAUUCUAGGCAGGACUAUUAUCUUUCUAACCCGACAUAGUAACGGUCCACAGGCAUCAGGCUUCUUCGGUACGUUGUACCAUUCUCAGGACUGGCUGAAUGCCCGGUCUAGUCUAUUUUUGAGGCCAAAGCAUUGACCCCUUUGCAACCAACCGGACCCAUACUUUCUAGACUUGAACUGAAGUAUUUGGCCCCAAGUUUUAGAUUAAUCUGGUUAUCAGGCCCUGAGAAAACUAGGCCUAUUCGGCCUCAAACCAGUAUAUCUUGGGACCAGAUGAUCUGAUUCGUCUGAGCGCGGACCCAAGAUACUUGAAUCUAAGUCAUCUAAGAAAUAACCCAGAAAAGUUUGGGUCCGAUAGGGUAAUUGCAACUGGGUCAAGGCCUCGCCAGUCCUUUAAAGAAACCACGCAUUGCACGGGACCUGCUCUGAAGCUUGCGUCCAAAUAUAUAAAAUACUGGAAUCCAAUUCUAGGAAGCCUACAAAGUGUUGAACUUGUCCAGUGCCGAGCCCUUCCUAAAAAAAGUCCACCCAGAAGCGCUGGGAUCUCAUUUCCUCGCAAGAGUACGUCUUCCAAAGUCUUUUCGAAAUCUGGGAUCACGAGUCAUUUGAAUAAUCGUUCCACCGCCGGCCUUUCCCAUUUUCUUCAGCUCAUCCCAUUUCCGUCCUAUUUCCGUCCUUUCGAUUCGAAAUAUGAUUCUCUCGCCUGGAGGUGAAAGGCGUCUCUCUCUCUCUUCUUCAAUUGGAAGUGCUUCUUCUUCUUCCUAUUCUGCUGGUGAUGCAAAACGAAAUGAUUCAAUUAUUGCGCGACGCUGUCGCCUUCAUUCUCGCGCACUUGUGUCCCUUCUGAUUAUGAGCACCGAGAUGCUCACCAUACCAAUUAAAACGAAGAAGAAGGAGAACGGCCGAAAAGGGCGGCGCUUCCGAAAACUAAUUAUGUGAGAUGGAGAGAGGAGAGAAAGAGAGAGAAGGAGCCCACGGGGCAAACUUCGGAUGGUAUUCAUGUCAGAAAUAUCUCAAUUCCGACGUUAGCUAUGCAUUGGUUUGUCGCCGGAAGCGGGUCGACGCCUUCGUUCCGAAACAUGCAAAUAGUAAUAAGAGGAAGGGAUCCAAGAGCAGCAUGCAUUUCGAGUUCAAGUGCUGCUCGAUUAAACUUCGAGCAUGCUUUGACGCGAUGAGUUUCGGGAAGGGAUUACGGUAGUUUGUCGCACCGGCACCGGCAAUGAAAUGAAAUGAAAUGCAAAGUGCGUCGAUGUAUUUUCACCCGACAUACUUAAUUGCCCCUCUAUUCGGUGCUCUCUCCCGUUCGUUCUAAUUCAAAUCAGUGCAUCUCCAUCCACUUCCGCUGUUUACUGCUUCUCAAAACGGAAGGAGUCGGUCGUUCGUUCCGAGCAGAGCAACGUAAUCCAGUGUUAAUGCUCAACGGUGGGUGCGAGAAGGGCAGUGUAUAAUUAGCUCAUUCGGUGCAAAACUGAUGUUGUUGUCUUGUCACGAAGAAUGCGCUGAUUCCGCGCAGCUGGAGAAAAGGGGCGGGGUCGGUUAUGAACUGGACCGCGCAAGCGGGUUCGAUGGAUGGCAGAAGAAGAGGGAAAGGAGCACGCAUUCUUUGCGCAUGCGGAUUCAUGGACUCUCUUCCGCGGAUGAACGCCGCCGCCAACUCGUCAGUGGAUUCAAUUCAGGUCAGAAAUGAGAAUUCGUAUAGCAAUCGGGAAUCUGGAAGGCGUCGUCUCCUGUCGUCUUCCAUCAAACCAAUUGAUUCCCGGAGUUCCCUCCUCUCUUAUCUUCAUUUAAUCUGCGACUCUUCCUCCCGCACACUCUCCCCGCACUCCAGGGAAUUCACCUUUCAGAAGAGUGGGAGGAGGACGCCUUCUCGGCAAUGAGUUCGCUUCUUCUUCUUCUUCUUUCCCAUUCUCUUCCCCCGAAAUUCCAUUGUACUAGAUUAUAAGUGACAACCCGAGAUCUAAUAUGCAAGCCAAGACAACAUUCCAUUUUAUUAUUCUUGCUUAUUAUUAUUAUUGUUAUUAGUUCACCCACUCCUCCGAGAACAACCAAUCAAAUUUGUUCCCGGGAAGCCAUAAGGAGCGUGUUUAUUUGCAUGUACAAGGUGUUGCAUUUCAAGCGUCCGGGGAGCCCAUUCUCUGUUUGAGCAUAUGUUCGACGAAUCGGAUUUCCACGCAUGUCCCCUCCGCCAGAACCAAACAUUCCCGCGUCCGGAGAGCACCACUAACAAGCGAGAGUCCCACGUCCGUUUUUUGCCAAUUUAGAGCCUCUCUCGGUUCGAGCUCUCCCAAAAAAGAAAAGGAAAGAGCAUUCAAAUUCGCCUCUUCUAUUCUAUUCUCCAGUUUAGUCUCUAGUAGUUCUUAGCAGCCAUCCCAAGUGUGUUCAUUUGACAGCUCAUUUAUUUUCUCAAACUUCUUGAACUUGGUCUAUCCUAUCAUUUUCUUUUCUAAUGGCACCCAUUACGGUAUGCCCCUCAUUAGCACUUCUUUCCUCCUCCCGAUUGUUCCCAGCUGCGGUCGGUCCGUGUCUAGUUUUUCGCACAGCUGGAUAUGUGUUCGCAUUGGCGCAUUAUGAAGAGGCUUCUCUAUGAGGCCACCCUACCACCAACAAUUAUAUUGUUACGUUGGGAGCGUAUGAGUGGGGAAGAAUGUUGAUUAGAACAACAACUUGAACUGAAGAACAGGGAUCAUUACAUUCAUUUCAGAUCUACACGGAUUGGGCGAAUCGGCACCUGGCAAAGGGCAGCGUCAGCCGGCCGAUUCGAGACAUUUCCAAUGAAUUCCGCGACUAUCGACUCGUCUCCCAGCUCAUCAAUGUGAUAGGUGAGUCUUGAGAAGGAAGGAGACGCUCCUGAAAUAUAAAUGAACCGCGGCGACUCGAAAAGCGAACAUAAAUUGGAGGCAAAAGGGCGGUCUCUUGCGUUUGGAACAAUUGGCUCCUCCGGAGCGGAAAACGAAAGAGGGCGCCGAGAGUUUACUACCCUCGGGAUGAUUGGGAGAUAAAGAGAGCCGGGAGGGCCCCCCUCCGACGUUAAAUGUAAUAAUUGGUCAGUUUCUUCCCGGCCCGGCUCCUCCUGCUCCCGCUUUUUGCUCGCUAUCAUCUCUUUCUCUCUCUCCCGUUUUUCGCUUCCUGAUCUGAUGCCGAUUGAUGAUCGUAACGGGAGAUCUUGUUUUCGACGGACCAACCCUUGCAGAUCAAAUUUCUUCCCGGAACUGAUUGGUCAUCAGAAAAGUGUUCGUUUGAUGAACAGGUGUUCGUCGCCUCCGAAGUUUAGCCAGCUGUUUUGAGUUUCAUGCAGCUGAUGAGCACGUGGCACCGAAAAAAGAAGUCGCCAGCUCACUUUGAAUCGCCCAUUUUCCCACCUCCCUGAUUCAUUUCAUUUGAAACCCGAGAAAGAGCAUCACUUUUGGCUCAUGAUCUUCUUUUCUUCUUUCCCUUUCAUUCCUACUUUUCGCGCAUUCCUCUUCGUCCGUUCUUCCUCGCCAUCGUUUUCGUGUUGCUGUCCUCACAAGUUGAUGAAUGAGUUGCCACGCGAAGAGAAGAGUAAGAAGUUGGUGACAGUAGCGAAUGAGAAUAAGAAGAGAUAAAUAUUCGUCCUUUUGUUCUCCCUCUCUCGCUCCUGUUUCGCAAUUUGCUCGUCGUCUUUCGUUCGUCAGCACCGACCAAGUUAAUUGGUGAUUUAUCGGUAUUACGCUGUCCCAUCAAUCUGCUCAGUUAGUGUUUGCCUCGCGAGCCCUCCACGGGCGCCCGUCGCCGAUUUUUUUGCAUUUGAAAAGAACGGGAAGGCAGGGAGAUCGGGAGGAAACAGAGAGAAGAACUCAUGUUUCACAUGCGAUUCGGGAAUUCGAAUCACUUUACGUUUUAGAAACACAACAUCACACUCUGAAGAGUCAUCCUCGCAGAUCACUCUCUAGGAAUUGCACUUCUUACAGCAUCUAGAAUCCAUCCUUAUCAGUGUCUGGUACGGAAUGAACAGAAGGACAGAAAUCUUUUGAGUGAAAUCAUUUCAAGGUCUUCUGUGUCUAGUGAAAGUGUCGCCCAAUCGUCCAGACAUACAAGUUAUCAUCUGCUUUCCCGCGCGCCAAGUGUGCAACAAAACAACAAUUGCGCAAUGAUAUCCAUCUCAUCCAAGUGCACACUUCCUUCUCCUUCCGUUUUCUGGUGGUCCACUUGUUUCCUCCGCCCGUCAUGCUCUCCUCAUCAACCACAAAACCCCUCACCUUCUUAUCACUCGCUCGCACCGCUCAAAGUACUGCGUUCGCUCCGAGACAGUUGUCCGCCUUGCGCAUCGCUCCCCGAGCCGCCUUCCCGACAUUAUUUAUGUAUUUAUGCACACCCGAUAAUCCAUUAAAUUUCAGUGCCGAUCAACGAAUUCUCGCCGUCAUUCACAAAGCGAUUGGCCAAGAUCACAUCGAACGUAAGUGCCUCCUCGUUUCCCCGAUUGCCCCGUAUCACUGCUCCUUCCUUCCACAGUGACUCACUUCUCGACAAACACUUGUUACUACUACUGAAUACUUUUUUUUCUUUUCUUUCUUCCCCUUUCACAUUUCCAUUCGCAUGUUUCUGAUUACAGUGGAUUGACACGUUGCUUCUGCUAAUCCUUUCCGAACUAAUCGACCGUGAUCGCCGCAUGCAAAUCACUCAUUUCGCGCCACAUCUCUCAGACUCAGCUUUAUCUCAAAUGAAAUGAGAAUGGAGAAGUUUAGGGGGAGGGCGGCUAGGAAUUGCACUUUAGCCCUCCACGCCCACAACUAUUUUCAAUCUAACUUUUCUCAAAUCGAGGCACAAAAACAAACAAACUUCGUCUUCUCUGACCUGCCUCUUAGUCACAGGAAUCGAAAACAACAUUUCUUCCAACAUUUUUGUACCCGAAACCCCAUCUGAAUUCUUUCCCAAACCCAUUUCUAGUUGCCCUUUGCCUUCCGGCAGUUGACAGACAUUUCCAUCAAAUAUUUACAUCUGUGAUUGUCGUCAUCACAUGCCUUCAACUUCUUCUUGUUUUUCACUCAUGUUUCUUUUCAGCUUGACGGUCUCGAAACGUGCCUCGACUAUCUGAAAAACCUUGGUCUCGACUGUUCAAAACUCACAAAAACCGGUUAGUUUUCCAUAAAUUCGCUCCUCUUUUUGUUUUCCCAUUUCGUAUCAAAACUAUACGCAUUUCUGCCUCUUUUCCGGAUGACACCACCAAUUUUUUUGCUCUUCCGCCUCUCCAUUCCGCAGAAUAUGUCGUCUCAUCUGGCCCCUGCGCUCCCCGGAGACUUGGCUCCUCGUAGAAAACCUCAAAUUUUGCUCCAUUUCCGAGCGAUUCGAGGGCUAUCAUCCAGUGCGCGAAACUUGUCGUUUUUACAACUCUCUGCUUGCCUUUUUCCAUUUUAUCGCCCGUCCUCAAUACGGUUUUUAUGUACAGUUUGGAUCCGAAUGGGAGCGAGGGAGGAGGGACUAAUCCGACGAGUUCCGGUCAUCUCUUACUUCUCCUCCGCCCACGCGUUUUUGAGGAAUCCAUUUGCAAAAACCAUUCGUGUUUUGGUUCGAGCCUGACCGAAUUUCACAUUUCAUCACAUUCUGACUCAUCCCAUUUUCCGAAGCGGCAAGUGCCGACACAAACGAUGUUUUUUCCGAAAAGUGACGACUUUCUGAGCGCAUAAAAUAGUACCAAGGCUGUCUUUUUUGAGGAACUGUACUAACCAAUUGCACCGGUCACCCUUCGGGAUCCCAUAUUUCCCACCCUAUUUGUUAUUCCAUUCCCCAUCUCUCUCCCUCUCUUUUCAAAUGCAAACACCGCUGGCGUGGCGCCCGCAAAUGGAUGUCCACGUCACUCAUCAAUCUGUUAUCUCCCGUGCCGUGCGUCGGCUCUUAACACCUGUUCUCUUUCCGGAAUGUGUUGGUUGCGCAAGUGUUUGUCCGAACCGUAUGGCACUCAAUUCGAGAGCCCUCCAGCAGGUGUUUGGAAUCCUCGCCCGCACCCGUCUGUCUUCUCGUUUCCGAUCGGGGUUAACUCUUCGUUCCUGCCUUCUGUACCGCUGACGGGCUUUCAGAUGCAUAUCUCGGUUGGCGAAUCUUGAUUUUGAGGUCGCCGUCGCCGCUUCCUCUCUCGCUCCCCUCGUUUCGAGUAAUUACUGUCGUGAAAGAGGUGAGACGGUUUUUCGCGCAAUUCGGCGGUUCCGUACCAAGUUGCAGUGCAUCGGAAGGGGCAACCUUGGCACUGAUAAUCAUCUCUCUUCCCCUUCUCUCUCUCUUCUCUUCUCUCAAUUGUUAUUAUUACUGUUAUCCGUUUAUUACCUCCUAUGUCUCGUGUCGAAGGUACUAAAAAGUUUCCUUUUGAUGAGUCUAUUUCUGGUUCAAUUCAAUCAAAGCCUCGCUUUGCUACAGUACGCUUAUUCAUCUUGAUUUGAAUCAAUUGAAUCAGAAGUUGUUUCACAUUUCGCAACGGCGGCUUACGAAAUGGGAUUUCCGAGGCGAGGAACUGUAAUCCGUCUUGUUCGGCGUGGUCUUCCGUCCUUUGCCACCUAUUAUUAGUACUAGUCCUUGCAAACUUCUCUUCAUUCAGAUGUUCCAAUGUGCCGAAUCCAAAGUUAUCGGUUCAUUUCCUCCCGUUUUAACGACGUCUUGUCUCGCAGUUCGCUACGAAAACACAUCUGUUCGGCACCUAAUUUACACUCUCUUUCAAUUAUCUAUCACUUCCGUCGCCAUCUUCACUGCUUUCCUCUUUUUCGAUGCCGACGCAAAAAAGAAGAAAACGUGCUCCUCUCUGGUUCUUCUCGACUGCUCAUGCCCGAAUUUCAUUUUCACACGAUACCAUUUACAUUUAUGAGACGCGCUCGUCUCUCGCGCCGCGCGGCUCUUUCUCGCCUAGGUUUCUUCUCGCUUUACGCCUUUCUCCCCCAUCGAAUUUAUCACUUUCGCAUGUGCCGAUGAUUUAUCCGCACUGAGAAGAAGCCGUCCAAACAUCCGGCGCCGACGAGCACUCUUUUUCCUGGAGGAGAUAAACUUAUCAUGUUCGGAGUCCCCACUAACCGAACACUACAGAAAACUGCAAACCAAUUGCAUAUGUUUGCCCUAGUCAGUUCCACUUUUCUGCGCCCUUCCCGAACUUGUGAAAUCGGUCGUUGACUGUACGAAACGAAACGAAAACUCAAUCUAUUCAAAGCAAAAGAACAGCGUUUCCGAGUACACAAACGUCCAUUCAGAGCCGUUUUCUGGUCGGUUCCCUCUCAAUUGUCAUUCGUUCCGCCCGUCGCGUCUCCUGUUAUCACCCUUUUCCGGAAACGAAUCCUCUCUUUUUCAGACAUCGACAGUGGCAAUUUGGGAGCGGUCCUUCAGCUGCUCUUCCUGCUCUCCACCUACAAACAGAAGCUGCGGCAACUGAAGAAAGACCAGAAGAAGCUGGAGCAGCUCCCGCCCGCCGUCAUGCCGCCCUCCGUGUCCAAGUGAGUCUUGAUCGUUCUCAGAUUUCCCCAAAUGGAACAUUAUUUGCUUUGUUUGUUAGUCGAGCAGUCAACAUUCGGCAUUUAUUUUCAGGUUACCCUCUCCACGUGUUGCCCCGUCAACCCCUUCAUCUCAUAAUCAGAAUUCCAACUAUUCGACUCUCCAGAUGUCUUCACGUCUUCAGACCCCUCAGACCCGAAUUGCAAAACCAGGUCAGUUAUGUUUCGCUAAGUGACGUGGCAAAAUGGAAGAAUUAGAAGGCGUUCGGACCGCUAAGUGAGAGACAGGUUGUCUGUGCGUCCGUUCGCGAAGGACAACAACAACAAUUUUCCAAUUUCGCUGUCCACUUUGCUUAUAAACAUUCGGUGGGAGUCGCUCAAUUAAUUCGAAUGAGAGCAAGCCAAUUACCGGGGCGGAAGCCGCCCUUCUCCGUCUUCGGCCCUUCUCAACUUGCAAUUCCGAUGAGGAGGAGCCCACUUGCGCGGCGUCAUCACUGACAAUUAAUGUCGCGUUUUAUGCGUCUCUUCCUAUUCCACUCAUUAGGUUUCCGACUCCACUAGUACGACUUUUCCCUACUAGACGCCUACUUAGGAGAUUACUCUUGUAGUCUUGUUAGGGGAACGAAGAAGAUGGGGCAAAAGCUAGACAAUAGUCGAACACCUCAGAUUGGAAGCUUUCUUCAAAAAGUUAUUAUACAUUUCCACGCGCUCUCUUUUUAUCCGCUCUCAAAGUGCUCUUUCCGGUACCUUUUUCAUAAAAGUAAUGCGAGGCGGUCACUUUUUGAGGCUCCCUGCCCGUUCUUCUCAGAUUCCCGGCUACUGCUCCCUCUCAUAAACAUCGUCCGCGGCUCUCUCUUGUUUUCCGCCCUCUUCCUCCCUUUUUUCCAUCAACGACUUCUUUUUGAACCGCUACCCGAGGUCGCGCCCGUUUCCCGUCACGCACAAUCUUUGUUUACGUGCUUAUCUAAGGCGCCGAAUUAAAAUAUGGCUAUGUAGAUUGGAAAGCGACAGCACCGCGCGUUUUUCACUUUCCGCCAUCGGCGAACGAUUGAGUCACGUUUUCAGAUUCGUCGUCGAAGAUUGGCAUCAGACCGAAAACGUCGGGUCUCAAACCGCCCUCUUCCGCCAAUACGAACUCUCUCCGUCCGUCGAGCAGAUCAAGUGGAAACAAUAAUGUGGGCUCGACGAUCUCCACAUCUGCGAAGAGCUUAGGUACGUCCCUGAUCCCAAAUGCAAAUCCUCCAAUUCCCAAUUCAGACUCCUCCUCGACCUACAGCUCCAUCUCAAAUCUGAGUCGUCCCACACCCGCAUCUCAGCUUCAGAAGCCAACAAGAUCAUUGCCACAACAAGUCCGGGUGGCCACUACUGCAAGAAUAGGAAGUUCCAAGUUGGCGGCGCCGAGAGCGGUCAGUACUCCAAAACUUGCUUCCGUCAAAACGAUAGGAGGAUUGAAACCAGAACAGGAAGAGAAUACUCAGGCAGCUGGCAGUGGAGGAAUGCUCAAAUUGAAGCUCUUCAGCAGCAAGAACGCAUCCUCAAGCAGUCCGAAACCAGGCAGAAAGGCAGAACCGACGAAGAUAGCAACACCUGUGAAAAGCAGCGGACUGAAGCCUCCGAUAAGCUCGGCGAGCAAACUGGGAAGUGCCACGUCAAUGUCGAAACUGUGCACGGUAAGUCCCAUCUGAAUAGAGUCGAGUGACAAUACUUCCAAAAGCUGUGUAUCCGAACAAAUACCCCAAAACCAACCUACUAAUAAAAAUGAUUAUUCGCCUGGGAAUUGCGUGUCGCGUCGCUUUCUCUUUUUGCCCCUUUUCCAAACGACUCUGUCACUUUGUGCCUCCUCUUUUAUUUUCCGAAAUGUUGCAACGGAAGUGAUAUGCGGAGAAGCGAGGGCGGCGCGGAAAAACACAUCUGGCGAUGGCGACGACGACGACGCGCGUGCCAAUUUCUCAGUUUUUGAAAUGUGCAAAUUGAAAUGUGCUUUUCGGAAAGAGCUUCUCCUCCUGUCCUUCCUUCCUUUUAACUAAUGACACUUCUGCUCUUUUCAGCCGAAAGUCACCUACCGAAAGACGGAGUCGCUGAGCCCGCAGGACAGCAAAAGAUGCUCGAAAAGCAGUGAGGAAGAGUCCGGCUACGCGGGCUUCACGAGCACGUCGCCGGCUUCCUCGUCGACGGAAGGCUCGUUCAGCAUGCAUUCCACCUCCUCCAAGGUUUGUUUUGAUUCGAACGGUCCGAUGUUUUUGCACGGCCACCUGCACUCGUCACCUGCCAACAUCAUUUUCACUUGCAGAGUUCCACUUCGGACGACAAGUCCCCCUCCUCUGACGAUCUCACUCUGAACGCCUCCAUCGUGACGGCCAUCAGACAGCCAUUGACCACGCCAAAACCCGCCGAGGUAUACUGUAGUUGCCUUGUUCUUCUCCCACAUUUUCGAGCCUCGGAAGAUUGUUGAAAUUCGAAACUCAAGCUCUGAUAUUUUGGUCUUCAAUUACACCCUUUCACACUUUCCUUUUUUGCUCUUUAGAAUACAUUUCACUUCGUUUUUUCUUCAGGAGAAGCCAACGCUAGCAGUUAAAGGAGUGAUGAGUUCGGCUAAGAAAGACCUGGUGGCAACUGUACCGCCGACGAUUUCACCUCGAGAAUCCGAGAGAAGCCAACCGACGAUCGGAGUUGUCAGCCCUAUCAUGGCGCACAAAAAGAUUCCGAAUGGUGAGUUCACUCUAGAUUAGUACCGAAGUUUGACCUGCCACCCCUUCGGACGCAAUUUUUGGAUUACAAAAACUUACUACACAUGUGCUGACUAUUCUUCUCCUCAUUUCAAACAUCAUCACUCUAUGACGUUUCUCUUCAGAGAGUCCUGUAGCUGAGAAAAUAGACGUUCCGGAUAAGCUUCCUCCAAUGAGCAUUGACACUGACAUUCCGGAGUCUCCGUCUAUAAAGUCGUUCGAACGAAUUCCUCCAAAGAUGGCUCCGAUUCGUCAGCCGCCCACUUACGACCAACUGCUCAAGCAGGGAAAGAUCACCUCGCCUGUCAGGUCGUUCGGUCAGUCAGUCCGCCUCCAAUUAUUCUUCCGUUUUUGUUGACAAAUGACCUAGUGUGCUUGGUUUCAGGAUAUGACCAAGUGGAGUCGUCGACGUCCGAGGACUCCAUCUCAGCCAUUGCUCACGCCACCGCCAAAACUGAACGACCACCACCUGUGGAGCCGAAGGUUCCCUCGGCUGGAUAUCAUUCGUUGGAACGGCGGAUGCAGAAAAACAAGACUUCGGGUGAGUAUCGGAAGCCCACUCCAGAGUUACAAAAUGAAAUUGUCACUUCUUCAGAAUCCAGUGGUUACGCUUCUGACGCGGGAGUGGCAAUGUGCGCAAAGAUGCGGGAGAAGCUGCGGGAGUACGAUGACAUGACGCGUCGAGCACAGAACGGCUACCCGGACAAGUGAGUCCCUUGGCAGCCCGUCGGUCGCAAUUAAUCCAGAAGCUCAAAAUUAAUGAGAAUCACUCGGUGAUCGAAUCCCCGAAAGACUUUUGAUAGCAUCUUCCCUAGCCCUUCCCUCCGCCUUCUUCUCAGUCUUCCCUCCUCUCGCGCACACGUCCAUUCAUGCGCAAAGUGCGACGAUUUUGGUUGAAAGACAUGACUUAUGAAUGAGGGAACCGAAGAGACACAAAGAUGGGUCUCAGACCGUGGGAAAAGUUUGUCUCUUUCGUGAAAUUUGCAUUCGAUGCUCGGUGGGCCGUACGAAUUGGAGAGAUAGGGAAGGAGAAGAAGAAGAAGAAGAAUAAAGAAACGUCGCAUCUGGUCGCAACUUGGUUGCCAGUUGAGCUAAUGUUUAUUUACUCUCUAACGAAGAUCUAUCGGUGCAUAAUGGGAGGAGGCGGGUGCGCAUCGUAGAGCAAGAGCACUCACUCCCUCGCGACUCACAGUUGCUUUUGAUGGGGCUCUUUCGAAACUGGUUAUGAAAUGCGAGAAGGGGGAGGAGGAGACAGUGAUCCUUCUUCUUCUUUUUCCAUUCUUCCGAGCCAUCCCCCAUCCUCUGUCCAUCAUGCCGAUUUGGCGCACGCAGCUGUCCGUCCGGAAGCAGUCCGCUCGUUUUUGGGUCGUGUCGCGACUUCCUUCCGAUUGUCUUGUUCCUAUAAUUAAUUCAUUAAGCCGAGAACAAACGAGCGGUCUGUCUCCGAACAGAUAGUGUUCGAGUAGGCACUCGAGCGCGCCUUCCAACUCGCCGCCCUCCGACUCUUUCGGUCAUCUCCUUCUUCGCGCACGCUCCUCCGCCAUUUACAUAAUCUUUCCGUGCAAUUCAUAAAUAACUAAACUGUGUGUCCCUUCCGUCCGCCAGUCUCCUUUCCGUGAACAACCGAGAAUUUGCAUUCUCUCGCUCUCGUUUCCUCUUUUCGAAACUUGAGGUCGUUUCGACAAGCAUUGAAGGAAACGAAAUCGAAAAAGAAGAAGAAGAGGAAGACAAUGUGUUUUUAAUUUCGGACCUCCGCCCGGUGCUGCUUCCACUCUUACUAGAAUAUGCACUCAACUUUGCUCCGUUGCGGCACUCCAUUGUGCUUACGCCGCCGCCAUGUCCUCUUCUUUUCAAAUUUCACAAAUUGUCGCAGCUAGGUGCCUCCGAGAAUGGGGCAGUAUAUAGUAGAAGUAGUGGAUUCCCUGCCCGCCACUCAUUCCGUCCAGGUGCAAUGUCCUUCCUAUCGAGACUUAUCCGCAAGUAGGUUCCAUUCUUCAUAAAGGGUAUAAUUUGAAAGGAACGAGCCGGCCUCGUUCCACGGGCGUCAUUAUUAUUAUUAUUAUUAUUGAAACGAAUACCAAAUGAGGUGUGCCGUAAUUGUGCAAGACGGAGCACACCUUCUGCCGCCGGCGUCAGUGCCCCUCAGUCGGCUCCUUGUUAAUGACCGAUUGCACGCAAUCAAGAUUAGGCACGCCGGCUGCAUGCCAUUCAUCUGGAGGCGGGUUUCUUCAAUGCAACUUUUCCCUUUUUCAUGUGUUUCUUCUUCUUCUUCCUCUCGUUCGUGCCCAUCUGCUCUAAUUCAUCGGCGCCUUAAACCGAUUAUAAUGAUGUCGGAGAAGGAUAGGCAGGGGGAGGAAAAGGAGGUCUCCGCGCAUCCGAUUCGAAUUCCCACUUGAUACAUUUUCAAACGAAACUAACAUCUACCACUGCAAUGAAAUAGUAUCUAUUCAAAUAUACCCGCCCGGUCCAACUUGUUGCCAACCUCUCCGUUUUCAGCUUCGAGGACAGUUCAUCGGUCUCGUCUGGCAUCUCCGACAACGCCGAGCUCGACGACAUCUCGACGGACGACUUGUCCGGCAUGUAAGUGUUCUUUCUCCUACUCCCUUUCCCAUUUGUUUAUCCUCUCUGCCGGGUGCCAACAAACUAUUCUAUUACACGGACCCUUUUCCACUUCCCACCUCAAAUAAUAACAAGUCGUCGCUCCGACUGACUGGUCAGCUGCCUUCCUUCCCCCUUUCCCGUUCGUUCGCCAUCUUGAGUAAUUGGCCGGUCCGGCAGCCAGCCUCCCUGGUGUUUAUGAGAACGUCGCCGUCUCCCGCACCGCCACAAUAAAUUCAGCUUGAGAGUCGUCCGUGUUGUGCUUGCUUUCCCUUCCUUUCCCCUUUCACUCAGCCAACAACACCAAUCCAUCUUGGUGUUCCGUUUCGCAUAAUUUCUCAAUUUCGCUCCAAAUUGACUUGGCGUCUGAUUUAUGAACCCCGGGCUUGCUCUCGCCUUUCUUCCCAUUUCACUUCCUCUCGAGAUCGCAUCUCUUUCAGAGACAUGGCCACGGUCGCCAAACACAGCGACUAUUCGCACUUCAUCAGACACUCCACGUCUUCUUCCACUUCGAAGCCACGUGUCCCCAGUCGUCCUUCAACUUCCGUCGAUUCCCGAUCCCGUGCAGAACAGGAGAAUGUCUACAAAUUGCUCUCACAGUGCAGGACCAGUCAAAGGGGAUCUGCUGCCACGUCAGCCUACGGUCAGCACUCCCUCCGUUCUCCCGGAUACUCUUCCUACUCGCCUCAUCUUACCGUCUCCGCGGACAAGGAUACGAUGUCAAUGCAUUCACAAACUAGCAGGAGACCUUCCUCUCAGAAGACUUCCUAUGCAGGUGAAUACUCGCAAGUUCUUUUCUGUUUGGCUUUUUCUUCUUUUUGGGUGCCUUCUAUCGCUUCUUUCUUUUCCAGGGCAAUUCCAUUCUCUCGAUCGAAAAUGCCAUCUUCAAGAGUUCACAUGCGCAGACAACCGAAUGGCCGCACUGCUCAGUCCUCGCCGAAUGCCCAACAUGUCAUCCAAAUACGACUCCAUCCAUUCAGGUACAGUAUCUUUUGCUCACCGCCUUCUAACUUUCAUUUUCUCACCGCUUCUUCCUUAUGUUCCAUUUUCUAACGUCUUCUGCCGACUAACCCGGGCAUCGCUUUCUUUUAGCAGCCUCCCUCAACGCCUCGGGAAUGUCCCGUUCGAUGAUCCUUCUCGAGUCCCUGUCUCCGCGUCCGCCACGUCGUCACCAGUCUCCGGCCGCUUCGUGCGUCCUCGCUUCGCCCUCGACGCCUUCUUCUUCCCGCCGGUCUCACUCUCCGCGCGCUCCUUCCGCCCGUAUCCCACUUUCGCUCGCUUCGCCUGUCCACGUCAAUAACAGCAGGGGUUCGCAGUUUUCUUUUUUCUUUCUGGUGAUGGAGUGUUUCUUUUCUGAGUUGUUGCGGAGCUGUCCACUCUUUUGCUGUUUCUGCUAUUCUGAUUCAGAGUAUUUCCCGUUUAGGUUCAUAUUCUGCCCGAUCCAGAGGAGGAUCCAGCAAUGGAAUCUACGGAGAUGCAUUCCAACUCCAUCGUCUUUCGGAUGAGGUAAUAUCGUACCUCUUCACGUCUUCAAAACCUUAUCAUGAUUUCAGAAGUCGCCUGCUCACACCGCCAGAAGUGAAAUGGGAUCACAGCUCUCUCUUGCCAGCACCACAGCUUAUGGAUCUCUGAACGAGAAGUACGAGCACGCCAUUCAAGACAUGGCCCGGGAUUUGGAAUGCUACAAGAACACGGUCGACUCGCUGACAAAGAAACAAGAAAACUACGGGAUGCUCUUCGAUCUGUUCGAGCAGAAACUCCGCAAGUUGACGCAGCACAUUGAUCGAUCGAAUCUGAAGCCAGAAGAAGCGAGCCGAUUCCGUCAGGACAUUGCACAUCUGAGGGAUAUCAGCACUCAUCUGGCAGCCAAUUCCGUCAAUCACAAUGUAAGUGAAACCGUUGUUAAGACGAAAAGACGAGGGAUGUUCCUUUAGGAAGGUGCCGGGGAACUGCUCCGUCAGCCGUCUCUCGAGUCGGUCGCUUCGCAUCGUUCUUCAAUGUCUUCGUCUUCGAAGAGCAGCAAACAGGAGAAAAUCAGUUUGAACUCGUUCGGAAAGAACAAAAAGAGCUGGGUGAGUCCAUAAAGUUUUCUGGAAAAAGUACUAGAACUUAUUGAGUUUCAGGCGCUUUCUGUAGAUUCCCAGGUACAGUGGUCUAGUUAUUGUGAAGUCGUAGAAAUGUGAAAUUGUUGUGACGAUACAGAAAAUUAUAUCGUGUCUUGUGAUACGGAAUGCUGACAUUUAUCACAACCAACCAGCUACUUCUUGCAGAUUCGGUCGUCCCUCUCAAAGUUCACGAAGAAGAAGAACAAGAAUUUCGAGGAGAACCACAUGCCGUCCAUCUCCGGAUCGCAAGGAACGCUCGACAAUAUCGACGUCAUCGAGUUGCGACAAGAACUGAAAGAAAGAGACAGUGCACUGUACGAAGUACGAUUGGACAAUCUGGACAGGGCACGCGAGGUCGACGUUCUGAGGGAGACUGUGAACAAACUGAAGACGGAGAACAAGCAGCUGAAGAAGGAGAUGGACAAACUGACAAACGGACCCGCCACCCGCGCCUCCUCCCGUGCCUCCAUCCCGUUCAUUCACGAAGAUGAGCACGUCUACGAUGCGGCGUGCAGUUCCACUUCGGCCAGUCAGUCGUCCAAACGAUCUUCUGGAUGCAACUCGAUCAAAGUGACCGUCAACGUCGACAUCGCCGGAGAGAUCAGUUCGGUGGUCUGUCCGGAUAAGGAGAUCAUCGUCGGAUACCUUGCUAUGCCCACUAGCCAAUCCACGUGGAAAGACAUCGACGCUUCGAUUCUUGGACUCUUCGAUGGCUACAUGACGAGAAUAGACGUGGAGCACCAGUUGGGACUCGACGCGAUGGGCGCCAUACUCGGAUAUCAGAUCGGAGAACUACGAAGAGUCAUUGGAGACGAGAGCACGACGAUCGCAUCGCAUCCGACCGUAAUCCUCCAGCCGACCACCACCAUCCGCAUGUUUAUGCACGGAGCUGCGCAGAGCCGCGUGGACUCUCUCGUUCUCGACAUGCUCCUUCCGAAACAAAUGAUCCUCCAAUUGGUCAAAUCGAUUCUCACCGAAAGAAGACUCGUUUUGGCCGGAGCCACUGGAAUCGGAAAAAGCAAACUGGCGAAGACCCUCGCUGCGUACGUCUCCCUCCGCACGAAUCAGUCGCAGGAGAAGAUAGUAGACAUCAAGAUCCCGGACGACAACAAAGAAGAGCUCGUCAAAGUGGAGAGACGUCUCGAAAAGAUCCUGCGCAGCAAAGAACAGUGCAUUGUGAUUAUGGACAACGUGCCGAAGAAUCGCAUCGCGUUCGUCGUCACCGCCUUCGCCAACGUGCCGAUUCAGAACGACGAGGGGCCGUUCGUCGUGUGUACCGUCAACAGAUAUCAGAUUCCCGAGCUGCAGAUCCACCAGAACUUCAAAAUGUCGGUGAUGUCGAACCGAUUGGAGGGAUUCAUGCUCCGAUACCUGCGUCGUCGCGCGGUCGAGGACGAGUACCGGCACUGUGUGCAGACGCCGUCGGAGAUCUCGAAGAUUAUCGAAUUCCUUCCGCUCGCCCUCCAGUCUGUUAACAAUUUCAUCGAGAAGACAAACUCUGUGGAUGUUACGGUCGGACCGAGGGCCUGUCUGCCGUGUCCGUUAAAGAUCGAGGAGUCCCGGAAGUGGUUCAUCCGAUUGUGGAAUGAAAACUUCAUUCCGUACAUGGAACGAGUCGCCAGAGACGGUCAGUUUUUCUUUUUAAUUUCGAAUGCAGUCUCUCGUUUUCAGGCAAGAAAACAUUUGGUCGUUGCACUUCCUACGAAGAUCCGACCGACAUCAUCAGUGAGAAAUGGCCGUGGCUGGACGGACCAAAUCCCGAAGACGUCCUGAAGAGACUCCAACUGCAGGACCUGGCGCCCUCGCCCGCCAACUCUUCCCGCCAACAGUUCAAUCCACUCGAGUCGCUGAUCCAACUGCAUGCCACUAAGCAUACGCCCAUCGACAACAUUUGA